AUCCGUCUACUUCAACUUCUGCCUGGGACAGGCGAAGAGGAUGUACAAUGUCAAAUAUUUCAAUACACCUUGAAACCCGAGAGAGGUCAUGGCAUAUACGAAGCACUGUCAUAUGUCUGGGGCGAUCCGAACCACCCUCGAAGAAUAUCUCUGAAGAAUCAUGAUGACUUCACGUACCAUUAUCUGGAUGUCACAACCAAUCUAUACGCAGCGCUGCUGCGACUUCGGGAUGCAGACUUGCCGCGAACGAUGUGGAUAGACGCUAUUUCCAUUAACCAAGAAGACCUCCACGAACGUGCGCGACAGGUUUCUAUGAUGUCUACGAUCUACAGUCUUGCUAGCCAGGUUGUAGUCUGGUUGGGCGAGGAAUCGGACGACAGUACGGUUGCUUUUGAGACGAUCUGGCGCGGGUUCGACGAUGACCGGAAAGGCUUCGAGGCUGAGUCUUUGGAUUCCAGGGGAAAUUCAUCAAACUCAGACAAGGAUUUAUCUCUCAGAAAGCUCUUGACUCGUCCCUACUUUCGACGUGUAUGGGUUCUCCAAGAAGUAGCUGCAGCAAGAUCAUUGUCAGUUGUAUGUGGAAGUUCAGAACUCCAUGGAUCCAUCUUUGUUGGAGGACUCAAUGCUCUUGGCAGAACUACCAGCAUCGAUGGUCGUGACUCGUAUAUCGAAAGUUCUGUGGUAUCAAUUCUUCGGCUCAUGAGCUGGUCAGCUACGCCACUACGAUGCCCCAUACUCUCUCCAACUUGCCAUGAUUACGAAGCCAUAUCGUCUCUGGAUAUUGGGCUUCUAGCGGAGCUUGUCGAAAUGUUUCAUACUCAGGAGGCAAGCGAUAGGAGGGACAAGAUAUUCGCAUUGUUAGGCAUGAGCUCCGAUCAACAUAAGCAUGGCUUGCAGCCUGAUUACAAAAUCAGCUGGUCACUCAUGUUCCAGAGAUUGAUCCAUAACACCCUUGGCCCUCACCAUGUUGCAACAACUUGGGAUGACAAAGAGCAAGCCGUUAUUACCGGUUGGUGUUGCCCCCUUGGCACUGUGACCUCCGUUGAUAAGGAAAACAUUGCUGUGGGGGCUUCUCGCUUUGCUGGACCGUCGGAAGUGUCUUGGAGCACCAAAUUGAAGUCCCACAAGUACUGCAAACAAGUCAAAGAGGGAGACAUCCUCUGCAUGAUGGAAGGAGCACAACAUCCGAGCCUGAUUCGGUUGUGCAACACCCAUUUUGAUGUCGUCGUCAUUGCUCUU